CCCUUCUCUUCUUGUGUCCCUCUCUCUUUUCAAGUCACUGUGACUCCCUCCCACUUCCCUGCUUCAUAAAGGUUCAGAGAGAAAAACAAGGCUGUUAGAGCGGCUUAAACUGCCUUACCACUUUUAAUCCUUCCUCCUCUUUCAAAUCCUUUCUGUAAUCAAAUGGAUGGAGAAUUUCAGGGUGUCACCCGCAUCUCUUUGACCCCCGCCGAGGAAGCACUUGUUCCCCGCCCCCAUUCCUCAGCCUCGCAAGUCGCAACUGCUUUGCCUCCAGGAUAUGGAUACGGGUAUGGAAAUGGUCGUCGCGGAUCUGCCUUGCAGGCGGUUCCGGCCUCGGCUUCGGCCUCACAAUUGCACCUGCAUCACUUACAUCAUCACCAACCACACCAUCACCAGCCUCUGCGUUCACAACUAUCUCGCAAACAACAAAAUAAUCAUCCUUAUUCUUCUGGUAGUCAAGGAUCUCGUUCCCGAAUCUUUUCCUUUUCAUUCUCCUCGUCCUCCAUCAACACCCGUCCACAACAGCAGCAACAACAAUCACCAUCGUCUCCAUCCUCUUCCACCCCAUCAUCUCCUUCUACACCCACCAACAAUGCUUUUAGCUCGACUCAUGCUGAACACUCUGCAGCAGUUGAAAUCGAGUAUCCACAAAACCCGCAGGAUUCGUAUUACCAGCACCAGUACCCAACACCAGUAUAUUCAUCUUCGCCUAUCCGUGCGUCCCACGUUCCCAAUGCGUCUGUAACUUCAUUAAUUUUGGGACUACCCCCUCGCCGAUCCCUUACGCUCUCGCCUCCAUCUCAGUCCAACGACAACAACGACCCGUUGGACAACGGUAACAAUAGUGCACUCUCGCUGCGAAGAUCCUCUCUCAUGCCCUUCCCUACGUAUUAUCCUCAGAGUUCUAUACAUAGUACUAGCCCAACACUACACCCACCAUUGCAGCUAGCUCUGAAUCAAAGGCAUCAGGAGUCAUGGGGAGGUACAGCAGCAGUAAGCUCUUUCCGAGUUGAGUCACCCACGCCGCUCUCUGACUCUGAAAGUUCGGAAGAGCAGUUCAGUGAUGACGGCGAAGAGGAUAGGAAAGGAAAGAGGACAAAGAAAAAGAAGCAAAAAAAGAUUGAAGAAGGAGAUGAAGAGGAAGCCAAAUAUGUAAUGGGCAAUCACGGUUACGGGCCGCGCCGUUCGAGAAGCAGAGGUAUACUCGGUAUAGCAACUGGAUCCACAUGCACACUACCAAAUGUGGCAGAAGAAGGAGCUUACCAGACCAGAAGUAGCGUUGAUUCAUAUGAGUAUAGGAUGCAGCAUCAACAGCAACAGCCAACUCAUCUAACGGAGCAUCGUCGUAAUCGCUCAUCGUGGCGCCCUUCAUUAUCAUUGAUCCGACAGGAGAGUUCGUCUUGCAACGUCCAUCCAUUGGAGCAAGGUCAAAAUAAUAACAAAAGUUAUCCCCAAAAUGACCAGAGCCGCGUUAGUGAAGCUCAUAUUUUUAUUGAUGAUCAUCCUGAAGGAGGAAGAAACAUCCAGCCAUUGUCAUCAUCAUUAUUACAGACAAAAAAUGGCAAGAGAAUGAAAAAGAAAAAGAAGGGUCGCACAAAGAAAACACAAAAAUCUCGGUCACAUUCAGGCGGCAAUGCAAAUGAAGCAAUAGUAGAGUUACCUCACCUGGUUGAUGUACUUGAAAAGAGGGCCCGAUACCCUUUAGGGUAUGAGGAUUUUGAGGCGUUUUUACGAUGCCAUCAAGGCGUUGAAUAUCUUAACUUUUGGGCCGACGUGACUGCACAUGAACAGUUAUGUAAGACGUUCAGAAUCUCGGAGCGUAGGCUCCAGCGAGAGCAGCAACAUGGAGGGCGAGCUCUGACACGCGAGAGAAGAGGGUAUCAUAGCAGUCGGGCCUUGGCUGGCAAUAAUAGCGGUGGAAGGACAUCCUUUGAAAAAGGACAAACUCUAUUGAAUGAAAGCGGUGAUGUUGCAGCAGUAGACUCUGAUAUGCACGAGCGUGAACAAGAUCGUAUUUCAAUAGAUCCGCUCGGAAACUUGAGGAGUGCUAGGAAAUCAUCAACUGCAAUUGAGUAUCUUGGAAAUGGUAUCAGGCACAGCACCUCACAGCAAUUUUCCCCCACAACGCCGUCACCGCUUCUGCAAAGCCAGCAGCAACAAGAACCUGAGAUACUUCAACAGACACAGCAUCAAAAAGUAAACGAAGGCCCUUUCCCUCGUCGAUCGUGCGAAAGUACUUUCCCAUCAUCUAGUGCACAUAAUGCUAUCCAAGACAACAGCAUUGGUCGACCAAUGAUGAUACAUAGCUUUAGGACAAUUGGUAUUGAGGACGUGGAGGAAUCAGCACUACGGAUCUAUCGCAAAUACUUGGUCCAGUUACGCACUGCGUCGAUGAUAGCCGAAGAAGAGAAGGCUCGCCCUAUCCGAGCCGCAGCAACAAUAACAGACCUAGGCUCCAAGACAGAGAGAGGGGCAGGCAUUGCAGCAACAGGAAAUGAGGGGCUGAGCACAUCAUCCCAUCAAAGACGCGCAGGCAAUGAUGGAGAUAGAGUGCUUUUUGGGCCAGGUUGGGAUGGAUAUGCGGAGCAAGUCAUUGCAGAAUGGAAUGAAAAAUGGAAGAGUAGAAGGAGCGCUGAGGCUAGGAGGAGGAAGUCUAGACGAGCUUCCCGUAGGCAUAAUGGCGCUAAUGCUCUACAGAACCCCAUGGGUGUUGAAGGACAUGAUCAUUCAACACAUGGGAAAGAGGGGCGAGCUUCUCCUACAAACCGUGUCACCAUCGGCCACAAUGACGUCGUUUUGGACGUAGACGUGGAAGAGAAGGGUGAAUCGCCAGGCGCAGACGACAAGGGUAAUGAUUAUAGCGCUGUUCCCAACAAAAAAGAAGCUGCCACUGCAGAAUCCAGACGCCCCAAAUUAGAGCGUAAGGCAACAUCCACUGGUAUCACAGCCUUCUUGUCGAGGCUUUUGAAGUCUGAAACCACCGUCAUGGAAUUGCCGACGCUGACUAUCAACACUACGACUGUUGAGAAGGACUUUGGUGAAACAGAUGACAGUGAUUACGAUGAAGAUGAUGAGUAUGAUGACGAUGAGAGCGAUAGAUAUGAUGGGGAUGAGGAUGAGGAUGAGGAUGUUAAAGAUGGGAACGAGGAUGAUUUAUAUCGACUUUACGCGCCGAUCAUGUCAUACCUGCAAAGUAACACCACAGAACGACCAUUGACCGAUAGUUCAAUUGCAGGUUAUCCUCCUGUCCCUGAAAUUGGUGCUAAUGGAUCAGCCAUCCAGGCUCAGAAUACUACUUUAGUUAAUACUCUUUCGCCCAUAAAUGAAGCUUUGCUAACAACAGCACUUACACCGCCCCAAGGAGUGGCACCUUCAACAUCGGAUUCAGCAAAUACAAAUGUAGUAGACGCAAUGCCAUUGCCGUUACACUCGAUUCCAAAAAUCGACCCUAUUUCUACAGACAUUGAUCAACCUACUAUUACGGCUUCUACCAUGGCUCCGUUCUACCUUCCACUUGAAUGUCGCCAUCGAAUCCAUACACAAGUCUUACAACAAAUGCAGGAAAGACAAAAUGGACUUUCGUCGUCGACACGUACAGAGAAUAACUUUUCGCUAUUGUUUGGGCCAGCCAAGCAGUUUGUGACAGAAGUGGUACUUCGAGAUUAUUACUACCCGCUAUUUCUGAAAUAUGUGCAGGAUCAGAAUCUAGGACUAUUACAUCAAACUCAUGUCAAUAACCGGAUCAAGCAGCAUGGACUGUUGACGCUAGGAAUUGGUUUAUGGGCCGCUGUGUUAACGAUCCAAUCGCUGUUAGCACUGGGCAUACUGGGCGGACCUGGAUAUGGAGGUUGGAAGUCUCCGUGGGUAUGGGUUGUAGGAAUCUUAGGUGGGUGGCCGGGCGCAGUUUGUAUAGUCGCAGGGCACACAGGGUUCUCACCAGUCUUGGGCCUCUUGGGUAAAAUAGCUGUGGACAGACAAGUCUUCCGGACACGUGCGAUCAAGGAAACGCUGAUUCGAAAGAAGCAUCGCCAACAGGCCAUUUGGAUAUUGUCAGGUUGCCUUUUUUGGUCCGUAGCCGCCACUAUUAUCUUUGCUGUUCUUCCACAACCAGAGGGUGAAAAAUAAUGUAAAUCUACUUCUGAACAUUAAUGUAAAUAUACGCUUAUAAAUUCGCU